AUGACGGACCCUGUGCCUGGUGCAGGCCAUGAUGAUAGCCAUCAUGAACCUCAAGACAUAGCUGCCGCCUCUGCCGCCUCAGCGCCUACCGGAUCCAGUCCUCCACAAACCGCCGACGAGCAGGCCAGCCCUGGACAGGCAGGACGGAGCAGAGGCGGUGUCGAGCUCAGCGAGACCACAGAAGAUGAUGGCCAGUCGGAGGAAGGCGAGAGCGAGGAUGAGGAGGAGGAAGAGUCUGAGGAGAGCGAAGAAGACGACGAUGACGACGACGACGAAGAGCCGCGCCUCAAAUACGCCAGGCUGACCCAGCAUCUGGGCGGCGUCUACAAGAAUGCGGAUGCAACGAGCUCGUUCCUCGUGGCAGGGGACAAGAUGGUCAUAGGCACGCAUAAUGGCAAUAUCCAUGUCAUCCAACUGCCUGCCUUCCAAUCCAUUCGAGUCUACCAUGCGCACUCCGCUUCGGUCACCAGCGUCUCCUUGUCGCCAUACCCACCGCCCAUGAACCCCAUCAGGCCCGAGGUGGCCUCUCGGGCAAUAGCUGCUGCGGGAGGAGGGGGCCCGUCCUCUCGACCAGAAUCGAGACAGUCUGGGCCGAGCCCUGCCGCUACAAUGAGGAAGCCUCGAGAACCGAAUCCUGUCCCAAAUGUGCCCUCCAACAAUAUCUUCAUUGCUACGUCCUCGAUGGACGGCAAUGUCUGCGUCCAGUCUCUCAUAGAUGUCAAGGAUGUGCAGUUGAGGAACUUUGCACGGCCAGUACAAUCUGUCGCCUUGUCUCCCGACUUCAAGAACGAUCGAACUUACCUGUCCGGUGGAACUGCCGGCAGCCUUGUCCUCACGGUUGGAGCACCGCACGGGCGAAGUACCUCCACGACUGUGGGGACAGCUGCAGCCACGGCAUCUGGCUGGUUAGGGACCAUGGGCCUGGGGUCAAACACCGGAAAGGACACUGUCCUGCAUUCCGGAGAAGGCAUCAUUAGCACCAUCAAGUACUCCUUGUCCGGCAAAUAUGUCGUGUGGCUCAACGAGCAUGGCAUCAAGAUCAUGCGAUCAAGCUUGCACCUGGAGAGUGAUGACGCCGAGGAUGCAUGGAAACGUAUCGGCCACAUCGACCGGCCUCAAACCGACGAGUGGGAGACCAUGGCGGGAGUGUGGAAGGGCCGUGUCGAAUGGAUCGACGAGGCGGCCGUCCCCGCCGCUGACAGGGAGAAGGACCCAGACGAGGUCGCCCCGCCUUCGCCGGCUGCCGAGAAGCUGAAGUCUCGGCUGAACAAGGAGAAGCAAAAUGUAGAGAGGCUUCUGGUCGGAUGGGGCGGUAAUAUCUGGAUCAUCCAUGUCCACGCCGGCGGUGUUGGCGCCGGGAAGGACGCAGGAGAAAAGACCAUUGGUCGGGCAGAAAUCGUGAGAAUUCUUCGCAUGGACUGCAUCAUAUCCGGCAUUUCGUUAUACACGCAGAGCCUCUUGCUGGUCCUAGCGUAUCCUUUGGCCACCGAUGACGAGGAUGACGAGCAUCACAAAGGCAAGGCCGCCGCAAAAGGCCACAAACCUCAGCCAUCAACGAGUUCCAGCAGCAGCGGCCCCUCUGGCGGCGUCCGUCGGCGUCAGAACAAUUCCCCACCAGAGCUCAGACUGAUCGAUCUUGUCUCGCAAGCCGAGAUCGACAAGGACAGCUUGAGUAUCAGCCGCUUCGAACGGCUCACGUCGAACGACUACCAUCUCGGCGUACUACCCCAACACACGGCAUCUGCCAUUGUCGCUUCCAAAGGCUACCUUGAGGCCGUGGCCGGCCUGGGCGUAGACAUGUGGAACGUCGCCAUGAUGCCUGGCAAGGCGCUCUUCAGCUCCGCGGCCAGCAUCCGGAGUGGGCACAGCAACGAUGGAGCUUCUGGCUCCAGAAUGGCACCAGGCAGCACCGCGGGCAGUGUCCGACCAUACUCACAACGCCAAGCCGUGCAGACUGUCCACCCCAGCCUUGCGAAGCCCGGCACCAAGAUCUUCGUCCACAGCCCAUAUGAUUGUAUUCUGGCUUCGAAGCGUGAUCUUGCCGACCAUCUCGCGUGGAUCCUGGGGCGCAAUGAGUAUGAGCGCGCAUGGGAACUUGUCGACGAGAACCCAGAGAUUGUCAGUGCGGCGGACAGUAUCGCGGAUCCGGGGUCGCCUUUGACACCAAUCCGCUCCCAUCCGACGCAGAGCAGCGACGACUUCUAUGAUGACACCGCGUCCACAGUGGAUGGAUUAGCCAUGAACCUCCUGGCUGAGAAAGAGAAGCGUCGCAUCGGCGAGCUCUGGCUCCAACAACUGGUCGGAGCGAGCGAGUGGGAGAGAGCCGGUCAAGUUGCUGGCAAAGUCCUGACCUCGUCUGAGGGCUGGGAGAAGUGGGUCUACAUUUUCGCCGGCGCCAACAGGUUUGACGAGAUCACCAACUUUAUCCCUAUCGAGCCGAUGCGACCGCCGAUUCCCUCCACCAUAUACGAGGUCGUGCUGAACCACUACGUCCAGAACGAUAAGCUGCGGUUCAAAGAUCUCCUAGAAAGGUGGAACCCUGACUUGUUCGACGUCAACACCAUCACGACGGCUCUUGAGAAUCAACUCAAGUACCGCGAUGUCAGACCGGACACAUAUCAAGACGGGGUCAGGGGCCGAGACUGGAGCAUUGUCAUGGGAAGUCUUGCAAAGUUGUGUGAAGCCGACGGACGUCAUAGAGAGGCCCUCCGCUGCUACAUCAAGCUGCAGGACGCCGAUUCGGCGAUGCGGCUGAUCAAAGAAAGCCACCUCGCCGAUGCUGUAGCGGAUGAUAUUCCCAGCUUUGUAACUUUGCGCAUACCUCCGGGCAAGGAGGACAGCAUGUCCAUGGAGGAACUAGAGCAAGCCACAAGCGAGGCCAUCACGCUUCUUGUCGAUGAAGCCCAGCAUGGGCUUGUCCGGCCAGAGGUUGUAAUCUCACAGCUGCAGGAGAAAGAGCUGAACAUCCACCUUUUCUUCUACCUUCGAGCGCUGUUCAAGGGCGAAGGUAUUAAAGAGCACCUUGGGGAGAACCGCGAUCGGCUGGUAAUGGAAAGCCAGAGCCUGGUAGAUGGGUUCGCAGACCUGGCGGUCCACCUCUUCGCAAAAUUCGACCAGUCCAUUCUCAUGAACUUUCUCAAGUCGUCGACGUCGUACGCUUUCGAAAAGGCCGUACAAGAAUGCGAGGACCACAAUUAUGUCCCUGAACUUGUUUAUCUGUAUUCCAAGACCGGGCAGAUGAAACGCGCUUUGUACCUUAUAAUAGACAGGCUUGGCGACGUUUCCCGAGCCAUCGCCUUCGCUAGGGACCUUGACGACCCUGACCUUUGGGAGGACCUCCUCAGGUACAGCAUGGACAAGCCGCGGUUCAUACGUGGUCUGCUGGAGGAGGUUGGCACGGCGAUCAACCCCAUUACCUUAGUCAGGCGCAUCCCAGAGGGUCUCGAGAUCGAGGGCCUGAGGGAAGGCCUCAAACACAUCAUGAAGGAGCACGAGAUACAGUAUUCUAUCAGCGAAGGCGUGGCAAGAGUACUGAGGAGCGAGGUGGCGGCCGCACAGGCGACGCUGCGAAACGGGCAGAGAAAGGGGAUCAAAUUCGAGGUCGUCGUGAAGCAAGACGACCACGUCGACGUGGAGACCAAGGAAGUCCCGUCUGACCAAGCUUCGGUCCAUUCCGGCAGCAAUGCCCCAGCACCUACGACGAACGGUGGCAAAGCGACCGAGGACGGCGAUGAAACAGCUACUGAGCGCGGGUCUCUGAAAAAGCCGGCCAAGAAGUGGACCGCCGGCCACUGUGCCGCGUCGCAGUGCCUGGAGCCAUUUUCUCAGUGGGAGACAGAGACGCUCGUCGGCUUUGCGUGCGGCCACGUCUACCACCUCACCCACCUGCUCGAGGUGCUGCACCCCGACGACGCGCGGUUGCACGACGUGGCGGACUUUGGGCAGAACUUCGAGGACGGGGAGAGCCGCAGCAGGCGGAGGACGAUUGGCACCAAGGUCACGCAUGCGAGCAUCGCAGAUGCUGAUAAACUCAGUAAAUGCCACAUAUGCCGAGAAUACUUCUCUAGAACGUUUGAGAUACCCGAUAUCUGGUGGGAAUGGUCCCGCAGGAGUUUGAAUGGCUACUUCGGUGUCGAGGAGACAGAGGACCAGGUGGGAAACACGGCUGGGUACAACACGUGGGCAUAUUUCGAAACCAAAUUCUACUACGGAGACACCAACAGUUACGUCUGGCACAAGCUCAACAUAUUCAGCCAAUGGAUGCGUUCGACUGAAACGACGACACUGAUUGUGUUUGAUCCGCCCGCUCCGAUCAAACAGAAAUUGCCAUCUCGCUUGGUCAAGGUCCCUGAGCACGGCAGACUUGGAGACCCUUUCUGGAUUUAUGAGGGCUUACUCGAGGAGAUCGUCCACCUGCAAGAUCAGUCUGUCUGGAUGAUUCGUGACCAGGUCAGGGCGACAGAGAAGAACCGAGCGCUUGUAACCCGCCCAAAUCCCGACUAUGGUCAUCUUCAUGAAAUAGCGAGGCAUGCCAUCCACGUAUCAGAGAGCCUCGAUGCGACCGUCAAAACGGUAGAUAGCAUUCUGCAGCGGCAUACCGACUACGUGAUGGGUGCCACUGAUGCUGACAAGAGCACAAGACGCGUCUCCAAGCAGCUACGAAACCGGCUGCUCUUUUUGGAACACAUGCUCGUCAGCCUCAAGUACCGAUCUGCAUCGAACCAAGCCAGGCUGCAAAACGAGAUACAGCUGUCUUUCAACAUCGUGGCACAAUCUGAUGCACGAACAUCUGUCGAGAUUGGGCGAGCAGCACAAAAGGACAGCGCGGCCAUGAAGACGGUUGCUUUCUUGACCUUGACCUUCCUCCCCGCGACGUUCAUCUCGGCCAUCUUUAGCAUGUCUUUCUUUAGCUUCGACGCCGGGGAGGGUAUUUGGGCAGUUUCGAAUAAGAUCUGGAUAUACUGGGCUGUCUCAAUCCCCGUCACCUCUAUCACAAUCCUUUUGUGGUUCUUUUGGCAUAGGGUGUUUCCACCCACGCUGGUUGGAAAUUGGGGAGUCCGCUCAAUUGGGAGUUUUCCCAGAGGCGUAUAA